CUGAAACCUGAAUAUCCGUCGUGUGCACUAUUACACAUAUUAAAAGGUGCGCGUGUUGUGCCCGUUGGAAAAUCGGUUCCCUUUGACCUCUUUCGCUUUGUGGUUCGUCUUAAAACUUUCAAAAGCAGCGGCAGAUCGACAAUGGGAUGGCACAUAAGCAUAAUGACACUGUUUACGACUAUAUACAUGAUCGCGUAUUCAAUUGCUUUCAACACCCACGCGUUCUCGCAAAACUUGCCCGACGCAAACGCGUUUUCAGACAACGACAAUUUGGAAACUGAGGAGAUGACGGCAAUAGAAAACCUGGAGGACGAGAAGCUGAAGGAGAUCGGCCAGAUCCUCGAACAGAUACUGUUGAUGCCUUGGCCUAAAGGAGUCAGCCCUUUGUUGUACGUCGAAAAUUAUUCCAGGGAGGACGAGCCGGAGAUCAACGAGAACAAUCUGGAUGAAUUCGACAUUGCCCCCAAGAAAAGGUCGAGGUACUACAGGAAGUAUCCUUGGAAAAGACAAAACGCCAGAUACGACGCAGAAAAUAGAUACCUCUGUCAACCUUCGAAAGACGACGUCUUCCGUCUGUUGGUGGCACUGCACGAGGCCAGACAGGGCAACCGUGGCAAACAGAUCAACUUCUGCAACCGGAAACGGCCAGCCGGAGCCAUCUUCACCAACAUACGCUUCAUGGGCAAAUAAAUUAAACGCCACAAUGGACAAUUGAUGACGAAUGACGACUUUCCUUAACACUUUCGAAGAGCUGUGGAAUACUAGCAAAGGCAAAACGGUGCUUUCUGUUUGUUGUUGUGUCUUCAACAGCUCUAACAACGUUACAGAAGGACCCAAAUGGUUUCUAACGAUCUUUAAAGCCUUCUGUACUGUUGUUUUCAGGACUGAUUAUACAAUACUUCCUCAGUAUUAUCCGCUUAAUUGUAUUUUUAGAAUAGAAUUGUUCCAAGUUUGUCCAUACAUUUAAAAGAAAAGAGUCUUACUGUUCAAAAUCAAAUCAAAAAUGUGUUAAUUUGUUAAUAAAGAAUUAUUACAGCAUCUAAUAACUUGUUUUGGGUUUAAAUAUUCUAAAAAUAUAAUAUAAAGUAUGCUAGCUAAUUUAGUAAACUAAUGUAAUGGUUUUAGUAAUCAAAGUUGGCUAUUUAGCUUUUAUUCUGUAGCUAGUUGUAAUUUAACUAUUAAUAUGUGUGUAAAUUUCCCUCUCUCUGUCUCUGUAAAUAUUCUCUGCACUUGUUAAAUUACAUUAGUUUACUGGCUUCUUAAUGAAAUUGACCAAACUUAAUUAAAAUAUGGACAAUUUCAUUGACUGCGAAACAUAUCUUAAAAAUUAUAUUCACAAUGUUUAAAUUUAAUUUGGAAAUUAAGACUGUUAGAAUGUAAUCACAGCAAAGUGUAUUUAUUUUAAAUGUGUAUAAAUGUAUUGUAAAUGAAUCGUACUAAAUAAAAUUCUCUGUAUG